CUAUCAACAACAAUGGAAUAUUUGCAGGACUCUGGGAUCCGCGUUUCUCGAUCACACACAGCAAUCAAAUUCAGUGCAUCUCCACAUUUUCGCGCGUGAACCUCAUCGCCAUUCUUCUCUUCUUCCUCGAUUUGAUUGUAAUUGCACUUAAUGGAGGUUUAAAGCUGCCCAAGCACGCGUUGUAGUUGUUGUUGUUCUAUAUAUUGUUGUUGUGGUGGUGGUGGUCUUCGGCAUUUGAGGAUUGACGGGGGCGUCAAAAAUGGCUGCUAGGAGCGAACACCAAACGGUUCCUCUUUCGGUGCUCCUGAAGCGUGAAUUGGCGAAUGAGAAAAUUGAGAAACCUGAGAUUCUUCAUGGUCAAGCGUGUCAGAGCAAGAAAGGGGAGGAUUUCACUCUGCUCAAGACGGAAUGCCAGAGGGUGGUGGGGGAUGGAGUCUCUACAUAUUCCGUUUUUGGGCUAUUUGAUGGACACAAUGGAACUGCUGCUGCUAUUUAUGCUAAGGAGAAUCUUCUAAAUAAUGUUUUAAGUGCGAUUCCUUCAGAUCUUAACAGAGAUGAGUGGAUAGCAGCAUUGCCUAGGGCUUUGGUUGCUGGCUUUGUAAAAACUGACAAAGAUUUUCAACAGAAAGGACAAAAAUCAGGAACAACUGUCACCUUUGUGAUUAUAGAAGGAUGGUUUGUAACAGUUGCAUCAGUUGGUGAUUCCCGUUGCAUACUUGAAUCUUCUGAAGGUGUGCUGUAUUACUUGUCAGCAGAUCAUAGGCUAGAAACAAAUGAAGAGGAGAGGGUGCGCAUCACCUCUAGUGGGGGUGAGGUUGGUCGGCUAAAUACCGGGGGAGGUGCAGAGGUUGGUCCUUUGAGAUGUUGGCCUGGUGGCUUGUGUCUCUCACGAUCUAUCGGAGAUAUGGACAUUGGUGAAUUUAUUGUCCCUGUACCGUAUGUAAAGCAAGUGAAGCUGUCCACUGGUGGAGGCCGGCUUGUAAUCUGCAGUGAUGGUGUUUGGGAUGCUCUGCUUGCAGAAGUGGCCCUUGAUUGUUGUCGUGGAAUGUCAGCAGAGGCUGCUGCACCACAUAUUGUUAAAGAAGCUGUACAAGCAAAGGGACUUAGAGAUGAUACAACUUGCAUUGUUGUUGAUAUAUUACCUCAGGAGAAGCCACCUGUUUCUGUGCCACAACCAAAGAAGCCAGUAAAGGGAAUGCUCAAGUCCAUGUUUCGUAAAAAGUCUUCUGAAUCAUCUUCUAAUAUUGACAAGGAAUGCUUGGAGCCAGAUGUAGUGGAGGAAUUGUACGAGGAAGGAUCUGCUAUGCUUUCAGAGAGGUUAGAUAGUAAAUAUCCUAUCUGCAACAUGUUCAAGCUGUUUAUGUGUGCGGUAUGUCAAGUAGAGAUAAAACCUGGAGAGGGCAUUUCAAUACACGAGGGUGCACCCAACUCCCGAAAAGUUCGUCCUUGGGAUGGACCUUUCCUUUGCUUAAGUUGCCAAGAGAAGAAAGAAGCCAUGGAAGGGAAAAGAUCAUCAGGUAGACUUAGCAGUGGAAGUGACGAAUGAACUCUCAUGUAUAUUUGCAUUGUGAGAGUGAUAAAAAUUGUUCAUAUGAUGGGAAGGUCAAACUUCCAAGCUACGAUGACUCCCUUCUAUUAUCAGAGGGGCUUUAUGGAUCUAAUCUGGAAUUCCACAUGGAAAUACACAAGAAAACAAAUAGCAGCUUGUUAGAAGAUUUUUGACUUGGAAGUAUGAAAUAGCAACAACCAACUGUUGUGAAGGGUUGUGUUAAAAGUGGCAGUGCACAGCAGGAUUGCAGAGGUAAUGCAUUCUUUUAAAUGUAUUUAUUUUUCUGGGAUCCGUUUUUGUGUACGGAUCUUUUGGAAUUACCAUAGACGACCUUUAAUGAAAGUGGUCUUUGUUAUUAUAAUGUAAAAUAGGAAGUUUAAUUAGAAUUCAUAGAAUCAAUUCCACUGUAGGUUAGACGUGUGUUAAGUCUUCUGAAUGAUUUGUUCCUUUAGCAUUCCAUUUUGACAUUUCCUUUUGCUAUACGAACAUUAGGUAUUUUGUAACAGAUAUGUUGGGUGAAAGUAUUCCCUACCUUUCUUCCCCCUCAACCCCACGCCCCCUAAAGUUUUCCUGGAAAAGGAGAAAGGGUACUUAUUAUAUCCCACCUAGCUUCUUUUUUUUUUUUUUUUUUUUUUUUUCAGUUUGUUAGAUGUAUAAGCAGGAACAUAUGCCUGGAAUUAUUUUUACGACGUUGCCUGUUGCAUGCAUUUGCAGUUUUGCGCGA